CCCCACUUCAAAUCGGACGCACGCGCGCGUCUUCGGCUCACGCCUCGCGAAACAAACGCCUGAUCAAAACUCAAAAGAGAUUUUUUAUGUGCAUCAUAUUUUUUAGUGCGGCUAACUGUGUAAAGUAUUACUAUUUUUUUUAAUUAACUGUGAUAGCUCAGGCGCAAACUCGGGUGGGGCGCGUUCCGCUGACACAGUGGCUCAGUACACCGCCGGUCGCCGAGUGGCAAGCACCAUCGAUUUUCUCCAUACGACCGUACUACAGUGAGACAAAAUGCAUAUUGAAGUGCAAGUAGCCCUAAACUUCGUCAUAUCGUACCUGUACAACAAACUACCAAGACGGCGGGUUAAUAUCUUCGGCGAGGAGUUAGAGAAGGCGCUCAAAGACAAGUUCAGGGGUCACUGGUAUCCCGACCGGCCGUGCAGGGGGUCCGCCUUUAGGUGCCUCAAGACUGGAGGUCCAUUAGACCCCGUGCUGGAAAGAGCUGCGCGGGAAUCGGGCGUGCCUGUGAGAGAUGUACUGGAGCAUUUGCCAAGGGACCUCGCUGUGUGGGUUGAUCCAGGUGAAGUUUCGUACCGCAUCGGCGAGAAAGGAGCGGUGAAGGUGCUUUUCAGUAGCGACGAAAGAGCCGCAGAUGAGCGGACUGAUAGAGAGGUGACCCGUGCGUUUAACCCUGAGGCGCAGUGUUUCCGGCCAGUGGAGCCAGCAGCGGCGCCAUCACCGCCUGCGCCCACGACUUUCUCUCCGGCACCGCCGUUCCGAGCGCAACCACUCACUUUCACUACAGCCACCUUCGCGCAGACUAAGUUCGGGAGUACCAAGUUGAAGACGAGCAGCAAGCGCGCGAACCGUAUGUCUCCCACCGAGUUCAGCAACUACAUCAAGCAACGAGCUGUUCAGCAGCAGCUAGCGGCACGCGCGCUUUCGCCCGCUGCCGACCCCACGGCGUACUUCGUAGCGCGGCGUGACCCCGCCCCCGCCUCUGCGCCCCCCUACCCACCUGCGCCCGCGCACCUUCUGCUCGCCAACUGAGCAGCACACGCGCGCUAGCCGCCCCGCGCGACCCGCUCAUAGAGUCUUUACUUUUUUACGAGAGAGACGCGCGCCGCGAUUUAUUUUUUUAUUUUCCGCGGGGGCGUCCCGCGCCGCCCGCCGCUUGUGAUAUCCGUACGAUUUUCCAUAACUUUUUGUAUUCUCGUUCGUUACGUCGAUGUGUAAAUUUAUCGAUAGGAGCAAUAAUCGGCCGCGCGACUCGCCGGCGAUUUAUUUUCGUAAUAUUUAAAUGCCGAGUCAAGUUUUUGAUGUCUUCGUUCGAUAUCGAUAUAUUCGUAGAGUAUAAGGGAACGAAUGGCCCUGUGGCUGCGUGCGCUUACGACGACGUACCUUCUUGAGCGAGCCUGUAUACAUACGUCCUCCAUUCUAAGAAAAAUUACAGAUAUUUAAAUAUGUAUACAUUAUAUAAUAUAUAUAUUCGUACGCGAUAAUCGUCUAAUUUUUCACGUGGAAACGAUGGCCAACAGAGAAAUUACGUAUUUUUAAUAUUGAAAUUGAUAAUUCAUACUAAUAGUGUACUCUUAUAUAUUAUGUAUUGUAUUCUAAUACUAUAAUAAAUAAAUGUUUGCAUAUCCGUUGGACGCGGUCGGACGGCGCGGCGGGCCGCCCGAGGCGUCGGAGAUCUCACCUAGCGUAAUCAUCACGAUUAUACCGUAAUAAUAAUUAUUACAAUAUACAUAAUAAUAUAGGUUUAGCUACAUUUCAAUCUAACAGUAUUUUUUUAAGAAGAUAUUAGUCCUUGUGUACAUUAUCGGUCGACCGUAACGCGGCGACCGGUCUUAGUCUGUAUGGUAUACUUAUAUAAUAUUGUUAAAAGACAUGAAUAUAAAUAAAUGAUAGAAAAAAAAAUAUUUCUCAAUUCGUAAAAUAACGGGUGCAUGCAAAUUCAUGGAAAUAAAUACUAUGUGUUAUUUAUCUUUUUUAUAUUUCACUUGGCGAUGGCUCAGUUUUUCAGUGGAGCGAUUUAGCAUAGAGUAGCGGUAGAUUGCGGGUAGUUGGCAGCUCGAGUUGAUUCGGGAUUAGUGUUAGUUGCGUUCGGGACUCGCUCGACAUCGGUUGUUUCAUGAAAACUAUCCAAUUCGGUGCACAACAUUUGACAAGUUGUAAGCCUGUAUUGAAAUGUGCAAAUAUUUUUUACUAUUUUUAUAUUUUGAUUUAGAUUAAGUCUAGUUGUAUGAUUUGAAUACCUAACGUGUACUUUAUUGUUACCCUAUAUUAAAUUAUUAUGUAAUGUGAAUAAUGAUGUAUCUCUGUUGAAAAACUGACCAGGAUGCUACAGUAUUUUGUAGAUAAAAUCUAUAAUGUAAGUUUAAUAAUAAUACAAUUUAGUGUAAUGAGAUUUUUUAUUAUAAAGAUACUUUUUAUUUUUUCUUUCUUUUGUAAGAUAUAUUCGAUGGAAAUGUUAAAAAAAUAAUAAAAUAUUUGCAUAAUAUAGUAAAAGCGGCUCUCCAUGUCCGCAUAUAAUUAGUCAAUAAUAAUUUUUCAUAUUGUUGUACGACUUUUUAAGUUUAUAUUA